CUCCCGCCGCGGAACCCCGCCGGGGCGGGAGGGGCUGCCGCGGUGCCUUGUGGGAAGAGGGGGAGAAACAAUAUGGCGGAUGGCGAGGAGCCGGAGAAGAAAAGAAGGAGAGUAGAGGAGCUGCUGGCGGAGAAUAUGAGAGUUGCCUGGGACCCUGAGAGCUUCAGUGAUAUCAUGGUCACAUGGUUACUGUUUCAGAAGUAGGACUCAAACCUAGGCUUCCUGACUUAUACAUCAUCACAUUGACUUAAGUUGCUGUCAAAAAAAAUUGAGAGAAUGGCUGUUGAUGGUGGGUGUGGGGACACUGGAGACUGGGAUGGUCGCUGGAACCAUGUUAAGAAGUUCCUCGAGCGAUCUGGACCAUUCACACACCCUGAUUUCGAACCAAGCACUGAAUCUCUUCAGUUUUUGUUAGAUACUUGUAAAGUGCUAGUCAUUGGAGCAGGAGGAUUAGGAUGUGAACUCCUGAAAAAUCUGGCAUUGUCUGGUUUUAGACAAAUUCAUGUAAUAGAUAUGGAUACCAUAGAUGUUUCCAACCUAAAUAGGCAGUUUUUGUUUAGGCCUAAGGAUGUCGGAAGAUCCAAAGCUGAAGUUGCUGCAGAAUUCCUGAAUGACAGGAUCCCUAAUUGUGCUGUAGUUCCACACUUCAACAAGAUUCAAAAUUUUGAUGACACUUUCUAUAGACAAUUUCAUAUCAUUGUAUGUGGUCUGGACUCCAUUAUUGCUAGAAGAUGGAUAAAUGGCAUGCUGAUAUCACUUCUAAAUUAUGAAGAUGGUGUAUUAGAUCCAAGUUCCAUUAUUCCUUUGAUAGAUGGGGGAACAGAAGGUUUUAAAGGAAAUGCUAGGGUAAUUCUUCCUGGAAUGACAGCUUGUAUCGAGUGUACACUGGAACUUUAUCCACCACAGGUUAAUUUCCCCAUGUGUACCAUUGCAUCUAUGCCCAGGCUUCCAGAACAUUGUAUUGAGUAUGCAAGAAUAUUACAGUGGCCCAAGGAACAGCCUUUUGGAGAGGGAGUUACAUUGGAUGGAGAUGACCCUGAUCACAUUCAGUGGAUUUACCAAAAAUCACUAGAGAGAGCGUCACAAUUUAAUAUUAGGGGUGUUACCUAUAGGCUAACCCAAGGGGUUGUCAAAAGAAUCAUUCCAGCAGUAGCGUCCACAAACGCUGUCAUUGCAGCUGUGUGUGCCACUGAGGUUUUUAAAAUAGCCACAAGUGCAUAUAUUCCCCUUAAUAAUUACUUGGUAUUUAAUGAUGUAGAUGGGCUGUACACAUAUACAUUUGAAGCAGAAAGAAAGGAGAAUUGCCCAGCUUGCAGCCAGCUUCCCCAAAAUAUCCAGUUUCCUCCAUCAGCUAAACUGCAAGAGGUUUUGGAUUAUCUAAUUAAUAAUGCCUCAUUACAAAUGAAAUCUCCAGCCAUCACAGCCACAUUAGAGGGAAAGAACAGAACGCUUUACUUACAGACAAUAACUUCCAUUGAAGAACGAACAAGGCCAAAUCUUUCUAAGACAUUAAAAGAGUUGGGCCUGGUGGAUGGACAAGAGCUUGCUGUUGCUGAUGUUACAACACCACAGACUGUACUGUUCAAACUUCAUUUUACUACUUAAGAACAAUAAAUGUACAUCUAAAAGAGGAUUAAAAUCUACUGCAAUAUUGUA